AUGAUGGCCGAAGCAAGCUCUCCGCGGUUGGCUAUCCCUGUGGUAGUUAUAGGCCCACAGUUCUGCACUCCUUCUCCGGUAGAUCUGAUAAUAGUCAAGAAGCCCGUGACCAUAUCAGAAGGCAACUUGGGGGUCACCGAUGUCAAGGGGAAAACCAUGUUCUACCUCAAAGGCAAGCUCUUGAGCGUUCCUGACCGCCGUGUCUUGCUUUAUGCUAAAGGCAACCCUAUCGUCUCACUCCGGCAAAAGAUAUUGACAGCACACAGGAGGUGGCAAGUGUUCAGGGGAGAUAGCUCAGACUCCAAAGAUUUGCUAUUCAGUGCCAUGAAGUCUUCGCUCAUCCAGUUCAAAACCGAGUUAGAUGUUUUCUUAGCCACAAACAAAAAAGAACAUGUCUGUGAUUUCAAAGUGAAAGGCAACUGGUUGGAGAGAUCAUGCAUCAUAUCUACUGGAGUUCAACUAUCAUUGCUCAGGUACAAAUCAUGUGGGUUAUGCGCAAGGUUUGAUGUAAAUAGUCUUACUUUCCAUGCGGAGAUCCUAUUGUUUCCCUCAUGGUCAUAG